UGGCCGUUAUUAAGAGUGUUAGUGCUCAGGCUUCUGGUUCUUGUGUUUCUGUCCACAGCUGCAGGGCUCCAUUAUGGUGGCCUCUGUCCUCCAGAUUCUUGUUGGUUUCUCUGGCCUCAUCGGGUUCCUCAUGCGCUUCAUCGGGCCCUUAACCAUUGCCCCCACCGUGUCUCUGAUAGGCCUGGCUCUGUUUGACUCGGCGGGAGUAAAAGCUGGCAGCCACUGGGGUAUUUCUGCUUUGACGACGGGGCUGAUCAUCGUGUUCUCUCAGUACCUCCGUCUCAUACCGAUUCCUGUUCCCUUGUGCUGCAAAAACAAGAAAAGGAAAACCGCAAAGUUUUACAUCUUCCAAACCAUGCCUGUAUGACGUCUCCUGCUGUGAUUCGCAUGUCACUCGGGGCUAAAAUGUCGACAUCAGAGCUCUAAUCCAUACUAAUUUUAGAUGUCAAUUAGAUUCUGCUGGGCAUCACCAUCUCGUGGUUAGUCUGUUACCUCCUCACCAUAUCUGAUGUCCUGCCGUCUGAUUCUGCUCGCUACGGUUACCUG